AUGUAUGUGAUGUCGUGUCUGACGACGUCAGCUCGUUCUCGACAGCUCUGUAUCACUGACAUGAGCUACCUGCUAAGUUCUGCUAUGAAUCAAAGCGUAUUCGAAAUGAUGUUGCAUAACGUAGCGGUUGUGGUACGACCAGCGAAUGCAGUGAAGGAAUUGAUUGAAAACAGUCUCGAUGCUGGUGCCACAGAGAUAAUCGUCACAAUCAAAGAUGGCGGUUUGAGUUUACUACAAGUUCAGGACAACGGCAAGGGUAUCCAUAAGGACGACCUUGACAUAGUCUGCGAAAGGUUCACUACCUCUAAGCUAAGUAGAUUUGAGGAUCUACAGUCCAUGAAGACGUAUGGUUUCCGUGGCGAAGCGCUGUCAUCGAUAAGUCACGUCGCAAAGGUUACAAUAACUUCGAAACCCGCGGGUCAGCACUGCGCAUUCCAGGCGAAGUACAUAGACGGAAAAGCAGAAUCAGUUAAAGCGUCAGCCGGUCUAGAAGGCACCUGCGUCACCGCUGAAGAUCUUUUUUAUAACUGUCAGAACAGGAAGAAGUCUUUCCGCAAUUAUGCUGAUGAAGCAAAUAGGGUUGUUGACGUCGUGAUGCGGUAUGCUGUUCAUAGACCGGACAUAUCGUUCACAAUGCGACGCGGAGGCACUGGUGCCGAUUUUCGGACCAGCGGACACUGUUCGAGAGAUGAAAUCAUUAGAUCUUUACUUGGAAAAGAUUGCGGUGAGAAUACGAUCGAUUUCACUCACACUUCACAACGACUGCACUACAGCUGCGACGUGUGUCUAACACCACCCGUCUCUUCAGCGACCGCCCGGGGCGUCCAGUCUAAAAAGAAACAUAAAUUGUUCUUCGUCUUUAUCAACGGCCGUUUGGUGCAGUGCCAGACUCUGAAGUUCGCUGUGGAUUCGGUGUUUAACGAUCGUGAUCUGAUUUGCUCAUUUGCGAUGAUAUCUUUGAUGAUUGAUCCUUUUCGAGUUGACGUUAACAUCCACCCUACCAAGCAGUCCGUCGUUUUCCUCGAAGAAGAGGCAAUUGUUGAAGAUUUGCAAAAAGCAAUAGAAGAUAGGCUUCGAAACGUGUUCAGCAAUGAGGUGGCCCCCCACAGCAUAAGCAAAAAGCAACGCCUACUCACAGCAACCCAGAUCGAGCGUAUUUCUGAACAAACACAGUCUGUUGAUACGCUGCAAGACGAUUCAGACAGCUGUGAGAACCAGUCACAGAGCCCUGCUCCUUCCAAAAAGCGCGUAGACUAUGCGUUGGUUCGAGUAGACAGAAAGGAGCGCAGACUGGACGAGUUCAUAUCUAGCACUAAGAGCGCUCAAUCUUCGUCAUCUGUGGAAAUUGUUGAAGUCGUGGGGAGCCAGUUUGAGGACUCUGUUCAGAACGCGCAGGAAGGAAAGGGGCGAAGAGUAUUCCAGUUCGAAUCGCUCAACAAUUUGCGGAGGAAAAUCUGUGGAAGUGCCUCGCAACCACUUAGGGAGCUAUUCAAAAGUCUCACUUUUAUUGGUUGUGUAUCGCCAAGUGCUAUGCUUCUGCAAUUUGGAACGGGUCUCUACAUCAUUCGACUCCAAAACGUACUUAAAGAGCUAUUUUAUCAGACGCUGAUAUUUUCUUUCGGCAAUUUCGGUUCUUUCAAACUAGCAAGUGGAGCAAAUGUCUUGGAGUUACUGCAGAUGGCAGGACUGGAGAGCGAACAAGAAUUCAAUGCUCUUGAACUUUUGGAAGCUCAAGCUGCAAUGUUGAAUGACUACUUUUCGCUGCAAAUAGUAAGGGCUGACGAUACGGAAAGAAGUGUCGAGGGCCUUCGAAAACUAACUUUGCUUACAUUGCCGUCUAUAAUUGAUGGCUACACUCCGCAGAUGGAAGGUCUCCCGACACUGAUGAUGUCUUUAGUAAAUGAUGUAAACUGGGAAGAGGAGGAGGCUUGUUUCGACGGUGUCAGCCAAGCUAUUGCGGAGUUCUUUGUGAUUAAAGAGGAAUAUUGCGACGGUGAUGCGCUAUCGGGUUUGGAAGGUGGGGAAGCACCUUGGCUUGCCGUCAUUCGCGAUGUAUGCAUCCCUCGAGUGAAGUCUCAUUUGGUACCACCAGAUACUCUCAGGGAAUGUACUACACGACUAGCUGACUUGCACGAUCUUUACAAAGUUUUCGAAAGAUGUUGA